AUGCUGAGUGUGGGGGAGCACACAGGGAAGACAUUGCCCCCCUAUUUUCAGCCUCCUUCCCGACCAUUGGAGAAGGUUGCUGUAGGCGUGCCCGUCAAGGCGGCCAAGGACCCAAGCGCAGCCACCGCGCGUGAAUUCGAUCGGAUGGCUAAGGAGAGUUUGGCCUACGACGGCACCGCGGAGCGCCUCCAGAGUGAGUUGGACAUCGCCUGUGAGACGCAUGAGGCACUGGCCAACGCCUGGGACGAGGCAUAG